AUGCAGUUCUGCCUGGUCUUGGCCUUUGUGGCUCUUUUUGGUAUGGUGUUGGCUCUGCCAACUGGAGAGAAUACGCUCCAGGAUCAGCCUGUGGCAGCUACCAAUCUGGAGGAUGUGGCGGACUUUGGCGCACAACAUGCCGCCGAAGGCGACCGAUCAGCCCGCUGGUUGUGGAACAAGUGGGGAGGACACGGCGGCUGGGGUGGAGGGUGGAGCAGCGGUUACGGAGGUUACGGUGGCGGAUGGAACAGAGGAUACGGAGGCGGCUGGCGCAUCUACAAGUCUUGGUGGUAG